AGUUGGUAACACAUUUCAAAUGUCACAGUUGUCAGAAAUUGACCUUCGGGCUCGGUUUUUUAAUAAAUAUUUUGGAAUAUUGGAAAUGAUAGAUUUGAUUGCACAGUGAUUUUGCACUCCAGUUAUAAUAGUAAAGUAACCAUGACCCAACAAAAUCAAGUUAACGUCGAUAUCGAGGAAGAAGAAAGCGAUGAGGUGACACCAAGAACCAAUGUGUUGCACAGACUGGAUUCUAGACCUUCGAUUCCUAAUAGAAAUAAUAUAGGGCUUGGUGAUCGACUCAAUAGUGUAUUCAGAGAGAUACGACCGCUGGUUGAAAAUGCUAGAAUGGGAAAUAAUGCCAGAUUAUCAUUACCAACAUGGCUACCAAGAAAUCCACCAGGUACCCACCAGAUAAUAGAAGUUGGACUGCGUAGGCCUCAAAGUUCCAUAGCACACGUGAAUCUUGGACCAAAUGCUCAGACCUUUAUUGUGACUGACAGAGGAACUUCUCCAGCACAGAGAUCACAAUCAACAAGUCACGCAUUGAGUGCAAGUGCAUCAAAUGAUUCCAACUUGUCAGAGCAAGCACCAGAAAAUGCAGAGAUUAAUGUGUCAGUAAAUCCUGCCAAUAAUAAUAAUAUUCACGAUAAUACAGACAAUGACAGUCAGAGUGAAGAUGGAAAUCCACAGAUUGUCGAUGUACGUGGCACACUGAAUCUGUUAAUACGCUAUGCACCAUUCUACUUAAUUCUAUUAAUGAAGUUUAUGUAUGAAAGUAGAGAGGGCAUAUUCACCUUCACAAUACUAUUUUGCACUUUCGUACACAGCAACUGUCUAGUAAGGCGAGAGCAUGCUAAGCAAAUGAACCGAAGCAUCUUGGCUCUGUUUGGAGAGUUGAUGUUCACAUUAUGUCUCAUAGCCAUUGUGUAUCUGUUAUUCGGUCACGGGAAGCUCUUACAGAAUGUUAUUAUGUUCCCUCAGUACACAGAGCUUGGGGUGUGGGAACUAAUAUGGUUGGUUGUACUGACCGAUCUGAUAGUUAAGAUCAUAACUGUGGAUGUGAAGAUUGUUGUGACGAUGAUGCCAGCUUGCUUACUGCCAUUCCAGAAAAGGGGUAAAGUAUAUCUUUUCACUGAAGCUGUCUCCCAACUGUACCGUUGCUUCCUUACGAUACAACCCUGGGUGUUCUACUUGAUGCAGUCAUACGAAGGCUCCGAAAAGAUGGUUGGAAUGUUCCUUACUUCGGUCUACGUUAUCGCCAAGGUGGUAGAAAUACUGACAAAGCUGAGGCUCUUUAAAAAUGCUACUUGGACUCUACUGCAGAGUGUGAACUUAGGCACCAAACCGACCUGCGAACAGCUACUGUCGGCCGGCGACUCCUGCCCGAUAUGCCACGACGACUACACGACCCCGGUGCGGCUGGGCUGCAGCCACAUCUUCUGCGAGCUCUGCAUAUCGGCCUGGCUGGACAGAGAGCAUACCUGCCCAUUGUGCCGCGCCAAAGUGGCCGACGAGCCGACUUGGCGAGACGGCUCCACCACAUACGACUUUCAGCUGUAUUAGUAUUUAUCCCUUAGGUUUUAAAGCUCAUAUUUGUUCGUUAUAGGGAUAAGUGUAAAUGUGUCAAUCUAUCUGUAUUUAUAUCUUUCGUUUAUUGUGAUUAGUUUUUAUUGCUCUUGAUUUAAGGUUGAUUUUUCAAAAAUCAAAUUAUAGUCAGAUAGACGUUAUAAGCUGGCCGAAUAUAAUAGUGUUGUAAUUCUUGAUUAGUUCGUGUUGUAUGAAUAACUCUUAUCUAAUUAUUGACAACAACCUUCGCCCGUUUAAUAGCGACAACAAAGAUUAGAUAGAACCAGUUUGUGAAGAUUGGACUGUAUUUUUUUUUAAUAUUCUUAGCCAGUUUGUCGCUAGUAUUUCUGAUAUGGCACGUUUGUACAAAUAAAAAAAAAAUAUAUAAAAAUAUUUGUGGUUAUCGAACACACUUUUUCUGUAAUAAAAAAUACGAAACAGGAAUACAAGAAUCUAGUAGAAAGAGUUCGCGUUUUAUGUCUGCCAGAUACAUAGAUGUUGAUCAAUGUCAUCCAUAGUUUAAUGUCGAUAAGUGUUAUAAUAUUUUAGUUUUACGGAAAGCUUGAAUCCAUUUCCGUCUGUUUGUUAGCAAGCUUUAAGCUCCCGAGAGGAGAUAAGAUAAAAUUAUUACACACGGUCAAAUCUUGUAGGGCGGUGUCGAUGAUUGAUAUGAAUUUAUUAAAAAUACAAUAAAAAAAUAGCGUUAGAUAGGUGUUGUGAAAAAAGUAGAAAAAUUAAAUCAAGUGUUUUUUAAUUAAAAAUGGUGUAAAUACAAAAGAAGAGUGAAUGUCUUGUUGGCCCAGAAUUGUAUAAACAUUAACUGGAAUUUAAUAUAGUCUAUUUUAUUUUCGAUUAAGGCCGCAUUUUGAAGGCGAAAUGUGAGUGAGAGACGAUUAGAAAGAAAAGCAUGUUUUAUACAAGUUCCAAGGGAAUCUAUCCCGAAGCGAAUGCGGUAAUGUUACAGAAAGUUGACACGAACAUUCGCGCGUCGCACGAGUCCAUGGACGCUGUCAAGUGAUUUUUGUGCAUUGCGUGCUGGACGAGCCGUGUGCUUAGUGCGAGUUUUUUAACGGUCUCGAUAGAGUAAAAGUUAACUCAUAUUUGUAUGGGGUCGGAACGUUUGCCUACGUUUGCCGCUAGGGGCGCUGUUCCAACUGCAUACAAAUUUGAGUUAACUUUUACGCUAUCGAGAACGUUAAAAAAACUCACACUAAGCACACAUGAUCAGAAAAUAAAAAUGGAGAUGGCACUUUUUUUGGCGAAUAUGAUCUCAUCAAGGAUUCUUAAACGCUGCUUUUGACCUUGUUUCGGGAAUGGUCUCGUUUAUUUAUUAUGAAAAGGAAAUAAGGUUGUUUGAAAUUAAAUUAAAUAUUUGAAACGAUGUAGACAGCGGGUGUAACAAAAAGUAGUAUCGUGCGAAUUUUGUUUAUCAAAAAAUACAGUAUCGCCCCUAUAACGCGGUAGAUUGUUUCCGCCUUAUAAGAGACGCGUUGUAAGAGUAUUCUCGCAUAAAGCGCUUGUAUGACCCCAUAUAACGCCAUAUGUACAAAUAUGUUAUAUUUGAUAUAUUUACAAAUAUAACACAUAAUACCAAUGAUUUUACGAUUGAAAAACUAUGAACAUAUAAUAAAUUAGUUUUAUUUUAUUUUAUAAUAACACAAUUGACAAAUUAUGCAAAAGUACGCGAAAUUAAUUAUGAGCUACACAAAUUAUUUUAAAUUUCACAGUACCGAAAUGUAACGUGUGAAAUCCCCGCGUUAUAUGGGAGAAUACCUGUGUUAUACGAGGGACCUUUUUUAUUGCCCUUGUAGACAGUCGAUCAUACGGCCCACCUGUUGGUGAGUGGUAAUCGUCGCCGAUGGAAUUGAGCUAUGUCAGGGGCAGAGCCAAGCUGCUGUCUUCCGAUUGAAAUCGCGUAAUAUGAAAAUGCGUUAUAAGAGUACCGUGUUAUAGGGGGAUUACUGUAUUUAGAAGAUCAAAAAAGUAUUAACGAGUACUAUAUAUACAAUUGAUUAUAGUAAUUAAUAAUGUAUGUGCGAUUUUCAAUUAUUAAAAGCGACUUAUUCAAAUUUCAUAACGUCGCAUACCCCACGUGACUGGGAUGAUACCAACAUUACCACAAUCUAAUAUUCGGAUAGAUUAGUUAGUGAAUAUAUAAAUUUCAAUAUUAUUAUGUUGCAUAUUAUAUUUAGGUUACAAGGGGUAGAAAAAACUUCGUAAAUAAUUAAAAUUCAAUGUCUAACACCGGUCACUCACAUGCGCACGAAUACGCAAACCCGCAAGUGUAGGACGACAUUUGCAAAUGAUUAUGCAAAGUUUUCGCUGCAUUCGUGGUUUUCCAAGCUGUGUCGGUUUUUUAACAGACAUCAAAGCGUGCGAACCUCGAACCUUCGCGUAGUCUCCCACACAUUCGCUUGCCCAGUUGCGCCGACGAUUGCGAAGGUAACGUACGUAUCGCCAUUUUCAUAGUUCGUGACGUCUACUGUGUAGCGUAUUUUCAUCAAAAGAAAUCCCAUAAAAACAGCAUGGCUGUUAAUGAUGUCUGGGAAAGAAUUCAAAACUCUUUUUCUCUUCAAUGUUCUAUUGACGAAUUAAAAAAGGGGAGAAAUUCGUGAGACAUUCGCAAACAAGUGUGGGAGGAAGCGCAAACAGGUUCGCAAAUUAAGUACCGAACCCAUUUGCACAGCCGCUAGGUUUGCGAAUGAAUGUUUGACGGCCCUUCAGUGACCGGCAUAAAAAAUAUAGGUAUGUAUCCAUUUAGGACAGUUAUGUAGUUAAGAUUUUCUCCUUUUGUCUAUGGUACUAUUAUAAUACAUUACAUAGAAUUUAGCAGUUUAAUUAUUAUAAAGGCAGCCUUGAAUGAAUAUUGCCUAGAAUUGCCGAAAAUUUCAUGCCAACACCUAAACAUGCAUGACCCGAAUGAUGGUAUGCCUCUUAUAGUUAAAAUUAUGUAAUUACAAUUAUUCCAAUUUAAAUUAAUCUACAGUAGUUUGAUAGUAAACAUGCCGUUUCUUCAUAAAAUCGUGUAUUAUACAGAUAAUAAUUAAAUGUUAAAGUAGGUAUAAUAAAAAUCUUCAUAGCGGAUAAUGUGUCUCCAUGAAAUAAAAUAAAUAUAAAAGUAGUUAGAUCUCUCUUUAAGUAACGUUAUUAGCCUGUUUACAUUUGCUGAUAGUAUAUGACAUCUAUGUUGCUCUCUUUUUUAAAUAUUAAAAGCAUUUAGGUGGUUUUUUCAAUGAACAUGAAAUAUCUGGUAGUAGUAAGGUAAUUUUAUUGAAGCUCUCAAACCACAGUCUAACAUGCAUUUUAUGUAUCGCUGUUAUAUAUUAUGUAUAAACUAUUAGUUACAAGUAUAUUGUGAUAUAACCGUUUUAAAAUGAAUUAUGCAAAAAUAAUGUUUUGAUUUAUUUUUUUUCUAAUCAUGUUUUAUUUUUAUUCUUACGUUAUACAAAGAUUAGAUUAAUAGUUUUAUUAAAUUUUAUUGUACAGUUAUAUUUUUAAUAAGUUUAGAGUGUGUGAGAAUGUCGGGUUUUUAGCUGGAACUUUUGUUUAUUUAAUAUGGGGUUUCGCUAAAAAAAUGUACCUAUAUAAUUUGUUGAUACACAACUUAGAAAAUGUCUUUUUGAUGCCUUCGUCGGAAGUCUGGUUACGAAUUAUCUUAUUAACCUCAUAAGCUCACCGAAUAGCGCUGAUUUUUCUACUCUAAUUUGGCACCAUAUUAGACUACCAUGGGAGAACUUUUUAGUCUCCUUUGGUAAAAAAUUGUUUUUAGUAGUACAAAUAUAUCCAGUUGUCAAUAGUGUGAGUGGAAAUUGAUAAUUAACUAAUUUUUUUUUCAUAAAACACGCGCGUAUAAGACGAAAUAAUUUGUGAUUUGUUAAAUUUAACAAUAAUAAAUAGAACUUCGGUACAACUUAAAUGAUUGAUCGCUAAGAUAACAUCAAUUAUAUAUACAGCAAUUAUCUUAUGUAACAUAAUAUUUGUUUAUAUUUUAUUUAUGUAGAAAAGCCAUUGAUUGUGUUAACUAAACUUGUAUGUUAAACGUUGUUAGAAUAAACAUUCCAAUUUAAAAUACAUUGACAUUAAAUUAGAAAAAAAUAUUUAUUAAUCGUCUCACAAUAUAAAACUUAGUGUUGCAUGUUUUAAAAAAAUCUCGAUGUCAGUGUAGCCAUUAUAAAAAUAAAUUAAUUUUGUCUUAAAAUGUAACAAAUUUAAUAUAAAUUGUCAGCGAGGUCUGGAAAAUGAUGUUGGUUCGAAAUUAUAUUUUUGAAAAUUCGGAAGUGCCUACAACUGCCAACGUAUGUAGGUAGGUGUGAAUGUAGCAUUUGAUGACUUAUUAAAAUGUUUAAGGGUAAAA